ACCCAUGUACACCCCUAAUCAGACCUCAGUUAAUCAAAGAUGAUUUAAGCGUCUAAUGAGUGAGUCAAGUUGGAAAUUGAACACAAGGCACUUAAGCUCUAGGGGUACAAGUCCUCCCCUUGAAGUAAUGCAUAUAUGCCUUUGCUCUUUAAAAAGGAAGAAGAAUACCUAUGACAAUUAAAAAAAAUUAAAAGCACUCUUAAAACAGAAUGUUCAGUCUGUACUUUAAAAUCCUUAGUUCUCAGAGUUAAGCAGCUAGCUCUUCCACUCCCCACAAACUCAGUACUCACUCUUAAAGUGCCAAAUGCUGGUUUUAUAUCAUCUAGUCAGUAUUCCACUCUGUGUAUUCCUCUUUCUUGUCAGCACAAAUGGGACACAACUUAUUCUAGUUAACAACUGCAGAAGAAGCAUAUGGCCUGGAAUUCUUGGCAAUACAGGACAGAUGACUCCUAAAGAUGGUGGCUUUCAUAUGAUAACUGGUGAGGAAGUAGUCUUCGAUGUGCCUAAGAAGUGGUCGGGUAGGAUAUGGGCCAGACAGAAUUGCCACUUCGAUAGAAAUGGCACAGGCUCGUGUGACACUGGCGACUGUGAUGGCCAGUUAAAAUGCCGGGGGCUAGGAGGCAAGCCCCCGACUACUGUUGUGGAAAUGACAUUAGGCUCAUCGACUUCGCCCUUGCAUUUCUACGAUGUGAGCUUAGUCGAUGGCUUCAACGUGCCAGUUUCAAUGAGACCUGUGGGUGGAGGAAUAGGUUGUGGCAUGGCGGAGUGUGAUGUUGAUCUGAAUAUAUGUUGUCCAUCAGCACUAGAAGUGAAGGUUGGUGGGAAAGUGGUAGGGUGCAAGAGUGCUUGCUUGGCUAUACAAUCAGCCAAGUAUUGUUGCACAGGACAGUUUGCAAGUCCCAAAACUUGCAAACCGACUAUUUUCGCUCUUCUUUUUAAGGCCAUCUGCCCUAAGGCUUAUAGCUAUGCAUUUGAUGAGUCCUCUAGCCUAAACAAAUGUAGAGCUUCAAGGUAUGUCAUUAUUUUUUGCCCUCCCAAAUGAGGAACUUGAAAA